UCAAUCCUUUGGAAUCCAAAGAUAUAACACUCGAUUUCUUGGGCGCCCAUCCUUCCAAUGUCAAACUGCCAACCUCUACACCUCCACUUCCAUGCAAUGAUGUUAGCGAUGCCAACAAGGAAAAUAUCCCAGUAAGUUUUCUCAUAAAUUGACAGCCCAAGCGAUUGCUCGAGAAAGGGAUACAUAGUAACUGACAAUUUUUUUAAAAAAUCAGCCGUGGAUGCGCGAAGCGUGUCAACCAGUGAAACAACUCAAUGCGGCGACGUUAUCUGAUUUAUUCACGAAAUCCAGUCAGCGCGCCAAGACCAAAGACUCGCUUAAACAGACCAACGUUCUCUCGUACUUUGCAAAACAAAAACAAACCACGACGAAAACGCUCUCAAAAGAAUCAUCGCCAAUAACGACCGUUACAACGACGACGGUAACCACAUCGACGACCACAGAAAUGAAAACAAAAGCAACAACCGCGACCAUGACGACGGCCGCGACAACCGCGACAACCGCGUCGGCGACGUGUGUAAAAAAGACUUCCACCGACCUUCCAUCCGCCCAGCCACCCUGCAAGGUCUCAGAAGAAACAAUCUCAGCCAUUCUGUCAGAUGAAGACACAGAUAAUCUGUUUGAAGCAGCGACAGAAAUCGCUGCAGACGAGCUAUUAAAAAAAUGUCAAUCGAUGCGAGAAUCACUACUAGCCUUGGAUACCCAUCGGGUACCAGCCCAAGAUAUCCGUAUUGAUGAGCAAACAGUCGCUAUCAAACUUAUUCCGCAUGAUCCACCUAUUUCCAAACCGACACCCACCGUGACCACCUCGUUUCUGGGUAAACAUAAAGUCUCAUCGCCCCACUUUCCAGUCAAACGCCGAUUCACUCUAGGCGAUGCCACCAAUCGAUUAUGCCUGUGAACCCACCGUCAUCUCCCACCCCCAAACGCAUUCACCUUGACGAUUGAAAAACCGGCAAAACAAGAAAGAAGAAAAAGAAAAAAGGCCGCUCAUCUUUGGAAAUCCUUGGGUUUCAACAGUCUUUUUCCAUCAUCAUUGAUUGCUCAUGUCGACCUUUCGUUCUUUCUUUCUUUCUUUCUGUUGACUCGCUUUUCUCAUUC